AUGGAAGCUCCUGCUGGCCUUCAACUACCAGAAAACCCCACAACUGGAAUGCUGGACUCAGAGCCCCAUGCCAUGGCAAGUAACGGGGAACCGUACCCGCCACCUCCACCGCCACCUCCACCACCUCCUCCUCCUCCUAACCAAACCGCAGACUGGACCAUGGACCAAUCUGCCCCAGAGCCUAGCAUAAAUUCUGCUAACGGGGCAGGGGACCACCCUAACACACCGUUGCCACCUCCACCACCUCCUCCUCCAGAGCUGGGAUCUGUUGAGAAAGGUGUAGAUCAAUUUCAGAUGGCCAACGCACCACUGUACCCAGAUGAGCAGCCGCCGCCACCACCGCCACUUCCACCCCAGCCCCCAGAACAGCCACCUGAACAAAAAGCUGAGACCCUGGAGGCUCAGCCAAACACACAGGAGGUAACCAGUCAAGAUGGCACGGCGGUGUCGCAAGUUGCUGACGAUGGCAUGGAGCUCGAGGAAGCCCCCAAAGAUGCAGCUCAAGAGGCCAAUGCCCAGGAAGCCCCUGCUCAGGAAGCCGCCGAUCAACAGGCCGCUCAAGAAGCUGCUGCUCAACAGGCCGCUGCUCAACAAGUCUUUGUUCAUACAGAGCCAGAGCUCCCAAGUGAGUUUGAAAAACUCUUGAAAGGCUGUGAAGAAACUCCGGAAGACUUCAAUGCCUGGGUUUAUCUGCUGCAGUAUGUGGAGCAAGAGAAUAUUCUCGAAGCGGUAAGGAAGUCGUUUGACAUUUUCCUCCUGCGCUAUCCGUACUGCUACGGCUACUGGAAGAAGUACGCCGACAUCGAGAAACGACACGGCAACAUACACGUGGCGGAGGAGGUGUACCGGCGAGGCUUACAGGCCAUUCCGCUCAGCGUGGACCUCUGGCUGCAUUACAUGACCUACAUUAAGGAGAACUCUGACACCAACGACCCAGAGACUGAAGGACGCAUUCGAGCGGCGUAUGAACAUGCUGUUCUGGCAGCCGGUACAGACUUCCGCUCUGACCGUCUUUGGGAAUCGUUCAUCAUCUGGGAGACGGAGCAGGACAAGCUUGCAAAUGUCACCGCAAUCUAUGACCGCGUCCUGGGCAUCCCGACACAGUUAUACUCCCAGCACUUCCAAAAGUUUAAAGAUCACGUGCAGAGCAACCACCCUAAACACUUCCUGUCUGAGGAGGAGUUUGUCCAGCUGAGGCUAGAGCUCUCCAAAGCCAACCUGGCCACCAUGGUGGGAGAGGACGCAGAAAAGCCCGCCCCCAAGGAGGACCUGCCACCCGGCACAGAGGACCUCGCCGACCCAGCCAAGAGGGUGACGGAGAUCGAGAACAUGCGCCACAAAGUGAUCGAGGCUCGACAAGAAGUGUUCAACCACAACGAGCACGAAGUCAGCAAGCGAUGGGCUUUUGAGGAAGGGAUCAAGAGACCAUACUUCCACGUUAAAGCCUUGGAGAAGACCCAGCUGAACAACUGGCGGGAAUACCUGGACUUUGAGAUGGAGAACGGCACCCCGGAGCGCGUGGUUGUUCUCUUUGAACGCUGCCUCAUCGCUUGUGCUCUCUAUGAAGAGUUCUGGAUCAAGUAUGCCAAAUACCUGGAGGGCUACAGCACCGAGGGCGUACGGCAUGUCUACAGGAAGGCGUGUACGGUCCACCUGCCCAGAAAGCCGGCCAUCCACCUGCUGUGGGCCGCCUUUGAGGAGCAGCAGGCCAACGUAGAGGAAGCCAGCAACAUUUUGAAGAACCUGGAGGUGGUGGUGCCCUGCUUGGCGAUGGUGCGUCUGCGACGGGUCAGCUUGGAGCGUCGGCGCGGCAAUCUGGAUUUGGCAGAGUCACUACUAAAAGAUGCGUUGGAGACAUCCAAGACUGCAAAUGAAACUUCGUUUUAUGCCGUUAAGCUGGCGCGGCAAUUUGUCAAAGUGCAGAAAAGCCUGAGUAAGGCCAGGAAAGUGCUGCUGGAUGCCAUUGAGAAAGACCAGACAAGUCCAAGACUUUACCUCAACCUGCUGGACCUGGAGUACAACAGCGAUGUGACUCAGAACCAGGCCGAGAUCCUGGCCUGUUUUGACAAGGCUCUCGGAAGCCCCAUGGAAAUUGAGUCACGACUCAUCUUCGCCCAGCGCAAAGUGGAAUUUCUUGAGGACUUUGGAAGCGACAUCCACACUCUGGUGGCUGCCUACGAGGAACACCAGAACAUGCUGAAGGAAGUAGACGCAUUAAAGACUAAGGCGGAGAACGGCUAUGACAGCUCUCAGGAACCCGAUGCUAAGCGGCAGCGCAUGGACGAUGGCACGAUGGUGGCCGCCGCCGGGGCGGACAUGCAAGCCAACAGUGCGUACAAUUACAACAGCUGGUACCAGCAACAGUAUGGUGCCUGGAGCCAAAAUUCAUGGGGCCAGUACAACCAAUAUGCCCAGUACAACCAGUACUAUCCUCCUCCUCCGACAUGA